UUGUGUAUUACGCUGUGGUCGGCAAAGGUUCUACGUUCUCUGUUCCGUUAUUUAGCAUUUUCAGUGGAAUAAGCUAUCUCCAAGCAAAAAGACCGAAGACAUAUUACGCCCCAAUGGAAGACAGGGGCCAUGCUGCCCUCGCGGAAGAAUCCUUGAAAAGGAGAGUGCACACCAUCUUGUACACGCAGUUCCUAAUCAUCUUUAAAAUGGUGGCCGUGUUCGUGUGGGUGCCCUCAUUCAGCGACCACGCCCACAACAACCUAUGGAUGUUCUGGGUCUGCUUAGGCCUGAUGUACGCCCUUAUGAACGCCCUUAUCUCCUGUGACAACCUUAGGACGAAGUACAUCGUGGCGAUUGUGCUCGCCAUCUGCGAGGCGUACAUGCUCGGGAUCUUGAGCACGCUCCACCAGGAGAAGGAGCUCGUCAUCGCCACUGCGGCCACGGCGAUGCUGACGCUGGUGUUCACGGCCUCCGCUUUCCGUAACGAACUUAACAUCACACAGAUGAGAUCCAUCGUCCUCGCCCUGAUAUUGACCAUUUUGAUAAUGUUUUGGACCAACGCGAUGAUCAACUUGAUGUAUGCUAGCCUCGGGGCCCUCCAAAGCUCCUAACAGGUGAUCGAUACCCAGCUGAUCAAACGAGGGAACCACUACGCCGCCUAUUACGACUCCUAUUACGACUACGCGGCCCUCCACUUGCACCUCGACCUCCUCGACCUCUUUAUGUACAUUCUCGCGAUCGUUGGAGGGUCCCUUAAGGAUCUGAAGGAAGGUAGAUAAAGGGAAAGGAAAGGGAGGUGGGUAGAAUGAGGAAGGGGUCUUUGUGUUUUGGUUAGUGACUCUCUAACAAGGGUUGGUUUGGAACAUCGUCGAAAGGUCCUGUUAUGACCCUAAGUAGCUAUGCUUUAUUUUGUUUUAAGGAUGUUAUUUAUGAGGGAUGUGCUUUGAAAAAUAGCCUGAAAAACAGGAAUAGGCUAAAGUGAAAGUCAACAAAUUUGUCUUGAGACAGAGAGUAUAUUUUGAAGGAAGGAAUUUGUGGGAAGGGAGUGGACAAGGUUUUGGAUUAUAUGUUGCAACUGCGAUUGUUUUCGGUGUUGUGAUUCUGUAGGCAAUAAGGAAAAUAGAUACAUAGAUGUAAGUAAUGAACCCAUGCAUAAUUUUCUGUUUGACUAAAUAAUAAUGUAUGUACACAAUGCAUCAUUAACCGCUU